AUGGAAAGGUUGCUUGCACCCUUAGAUAGCUUUUUAAUGAAUUACUCAAUCAAUAAACAGAUAGAAGAGCAAAAGCUAAUAUCUACAUAGAAUAAAUAAAUUAAUUAAAAGAGCCAAUAAUUUAUUUCGAGUAAUCCAAAAAGUUAGCAUGCAAUUAAUUAAAGUUGCAGAACUAUUAAUGACUUAAAUAUUAAAUUAGGUUAAAUUAUAAAUUAAUAAAAUUCGCAAAUGCUUAACAGCAGUAUUUGCACUAUUUCAAGCUUAAACACUAACCAUGGAGAACACAACAGUUUUGGAAAUUUAAGCAAAUUUUUGCAGUUUUGCAAUCAAAAACCUGUCUAAAAUAAUAAAAGAAAAGUAUCAGCCAAGCAAUAAGACAAUUAAACUUACUAGCUUUAGUCUAUUUAAGUUAGUCUUCCUGCAUAGAGCUAGAAUUUGUAAAUGAACCAGCCUCAUCAGCCAAAAAAUUUUUAAGGUGGAAUAUUAGAAAAUCUAUAAGAAAAAGCAAAAAAUACUUUACCAACAAAAUAAAUAUCUUCUAAAUAAUUAAAUAAUUCAACAAAUUAAAAUACAUAGAAUUUAGCUUAAUUAAAUACUUAAAAUGUUAUUUAGCAAAAUAUUUAAAAUUUUUCUAACUCCAAUUAAUCAAAAAAUAAUAGCACAGCCUAGACUAAAAGCAAUCAAAUAAGUAGUGUAAAUUAAUUAUAAAAUAACUAAUAAAAUAUUUAAAACCGUCCUCCUAGUCAUACAUUUCAUAACGCACCAAAUACAAGUGAACUGGAUACUAAAUCAAAAGUAAUACAGUAAAAAAUACAAGAAUAAAUUAAUUUAAAGAAAGAUAUCCUCAUCAAUAAAUUGAUUACAUCACAAAAGAAUUAUUCAAAGACACCUGAAUAAUAACAUCUAAUUAAUAACCAGCCCGUUUCUUAGCUAUUGCUAGACUAAGAUUAACUUAAUAUCGGUAGUUCAACUGACAGAAAUCUUUAGCAUGGUAGUCAGUCACAAAAAUUGACACUAGAACUUAAAAGAAAUAAAUCACAGCAGCUUGAAUAAAUGAAAAAGCUUAAUUCAUCUAAAACCAAUUCUAUAUCAAAGUAAUAAGAAAAGGAGCUCCUAAAAAAAUUAUUUGUGAGUAAAUAAAAGCAAUCUAAUAUUUUUUAGAGCUAAAACAACGAUAUCUUAAAUACUUUUAAUGGCUAACUCAGUCCAACUCACUCUCAACCUUUAUUCCAAAAUUAGUCUCCCAAUAUAAUUUUAAAUAAUUCACAUAAUGAUAUAAAUUAAUAAUUACAAUAAAAUAAAAAUUAAAAGACAGAAGCUGCUUUUAAACACCCUAAUAUUCCUAAAUUAAAUUUGGCUUCUACUGUUUUAUUGUAGUAAGAAUAAAUUCCAAAUAAAUUAAUUACAUAAAAUUCACAGCUUCAUGGAAAACUAACUCCCCAAAACUAAACUAAGUUGCAGGGUAAGAGGUCAGAUUCAGUAUAACAAAGCGGCACAUACGGGUAGCAACAGCUUCAUAAUAAUAACAACAAUCCUCUUUAUACUACACGAAAUAAUAAGUAAGAAGAUAUCAAAAUACAGCAGUAUUCUCCUUCUUAAAAACCUCAAUAUGCUCGCAGCACCUCUCCUUAAAAUAAAUUUGAAAACCGCAUCAUAAAUAAUUAUUAAAAAAAGAUUUAUGAUAAUCCCUCCCUUCAAAUAAUGAAUAGCGAAAGACUUCAUGCUAGUCGCAACUAAUCUAAAAAUGUUUCUCCAUAGUGCUCACCUGUAGGUUCCCACUCCUAGCUACUAGCUAAUCCUAUUUUACAAAAGCAGCUUAUUUAUUCAUAAGAAUUAAAUAUAGCAAAAACAUAGGCGACAAAAUCUCAUGAGGGUACUGAAGAAUUAAAAAAUUUGUAUUUCUAAUUAUAAAAAAAGCAACAGCAAUUAGGUUUAUGUGGUUUAGAUUCAAAUAAAGAAAAUUCUAAAAUUCACAAAGCCAUCAUGAACAGCCGAGAUAUAAUUGAUUCUACUGGAUAGUAAUCUCCUUAAGCUUUUAAUGGCCCCACAACAUACAUAUUGAAAGGAAGGCACAAAUCUUACCAUAACCAUCUUACUUAUUCUAAUCAGUAAGUCAGUGGAAACUAAUUAAUACAAUCUUCAUAAUUGAAUUCAGGUUCUCCUUCUUCUAUAAAUUGUAAAGCAUCACCAUACAUAAAAUCUGUUGGAAUAUCGCAUGGUAUUUAGAAUAAUAAUUGCACUUCAUCAUCAAACGGGUUGGGUAAAAACUCUACAGGUAUCACUGGUAACGGAACUGGAGUUUCUAAAAUAGCUUCGCUAUCUAACAGAACUUCUUUUAUGCCAAAUAGCAGAGAUAAUUCUAAUCUUAAAAUGAGUCAUAACGAAUCUUCAAGAAAUAAUAAUGAUUUACAACCAAAUAAUUCAGCUUUGCUUAAUAUCGUAAAUGAAAACCAAUAGAAUAAUAAUAAAUAAAAUGAAGGUUUAAUUUCAACUUUGCUAUCUAAUAACUUGGCUGAAGAUAGAACCAUUCCUAAGAAGCUGAACUUAAAUUUAACACUUCUCCAAUAAAGAAAUAGCUGCAGUAACGACUAGCAGCCCUUGCUCAGUUCGAAUAGAUAACUAGAAGAAAAGAAAAGAGCUGAUACAAGUCGUCUUAAUAAGCAGAACUCCAGCAGCAAUAUAGGAGGAAGCACUAACAGCAACAGUAAUAAAGUAGCUUAAAAUAAUACAAAGUAAGGUCAAAAUGUAAAUAAGAAAAUGUAAAAAUCCUACUCAACUCAUCACUCAAGAAAUAAUUCAACAAAAGGUAUUGAUGGACUAGCCAAAAAUUAAUAUUAAUUUUAAUAAAAAUCUAACUAAAGUAUCUUGUCUCGUGUUAAUAGUAGCAAGUAAUACACUUUAUAAAAUAACAAUGCAGCAACUAUUCUAAUGACAGAAUAUAAUGGUAAGAAUCAUUAAGAAAACAUAAUUUUGAAUUCAAAUAUUAUCCUUAAUAACCUAAUCAGCAACAGCAGUUAGGCUUACCCAAGUGGCCUCAGAGGGUCAACUGUUGUUUCAAAUAUAAACACAAAUCCAAACUUCAACUAUACUGGUGGUACAUUAAAUACUGAUAUAAAUAUAAUUCAACCUACCGAGAUUAAUAAUUAUGAAUACUUAAUAAACAAUUAAAAAAAUAAUAAUCAAGCUCAAAAUCCAGUAGCAGGAUUUUUAACUGAUAGGACUCAUUAUGCUUAAAAUGUAAAAAAAAAUAGUUAAGUACAAUAACAAAUAUAAAUGUAUUAGCAAUAAUAAUUAAAACAAAAUACAAAAAGUCAAAUUAAUAAAAUGUCUGAAAUAUAAACAAACUUUAAUAAACCACAUAAGAAAAGCUCUUAAUAUGAGUAAUAUUUGCAAUAAUAAAUUAAUGAACUUCGUAACAAUACAAACAAGCUAAAUUAUAAAUCUACUAAUUAACUAACUACGUAAGGCCACACAAAAACUAAAAGUGAUGUAUCUGCUGUUUAAUAUACUGGUAACUUAAAUACUAAUGUUUUUUGGAAUCAAACUAAGGGUACUAUGAAUACACGAAUCACUGAAAUGAAUAACAGUGGAAUAGGUUAAUAAAUUUUUCCUAAAAAUAAUUAAUAUUAAAACAUAUAAUAAUAAUAUUUACAAACUCAAAAUGAUUAACAACUUUACUUGCAACAAACAGAUAGACCUGGAUAUAAUUAAGUCUCAUAAUACUAGAAAGAAAUGAUCAUUAAUGAGUAAAAAUAAAAUGGAAGCAGUACAGCAAGAGUCUAAAGCGCCUAAGGACACAAUAACAAUAGUGGCAAUAAUAUCAAUAAAAAAAUAAGUAACGCUAAUGGUUCUAAAACUCCAACCGUUAUAUAAAAUUACAGUAAUAAUAAUCUUAACUAAAAUUUCAACCCUUACACAAAAGUUUUAAUGAAUAAUUAUGCAGGUAAUAAUCAAAUGAUAUAGCAAUCAGAUCUUCAGUAGUAAAAUUUCUCAAAGAAAUAAUAAUUUUCACCUGUAAUUAGAUAUUAGCAGAGCCAAAAUGGAUAUAUUUAGGAUUAAAUUCUUACAAAUAUUUAGAUGAGAGACUAAAAGUAAUUUAAUUUGAAUUAAAAUAGCUAAAAAUAGACAAAAUAACUAUGA